AGCAAAUUUUGUAAAAGUUGCGACAUUGAGAAACUAAUAUUUUUUGGUGAUUUUUCAACAUUGAAAAGUAUUAUCGUAGAAAGGGCGUAUUACUCAUACAGUUGUCAGCAGUUGCUUAUUUUGCAUUCUUAGAUUAUCGGAAGAAGAAGCGUUUUGACUAGAAGGUGAUGCAUUUACAUUCAAUUGGCAAACAGCUGAUCCAGAAAUUAAAAUGCAAUCAUCAGCACCUCCAGGGCAUCCUUCAACUCAACCAGCGACAACCAUGAAUAUCAGUCCGGAUAAGCCAACAAAAGUUGAUUACUCGUGCAUUCGAGGAAAGACAGUUCUCGUUAGUCCAACGGAAGAACAGUAUGAAGCACUCACCAAACGGUUGCAGGAACGGAUUGCCGACAGCCGUGGCGAAACGGUUUACGAGAUUGGAGUAGGAGAAGAUGGCAGUGAGAGCGGCCUGGAAUUGGAAGAGUAUGCAGCAUCAUUGGCCACAUUGCAAGCAUUAGCAGCAAUGUUAAAUGCUGACUGUGUUGAACUACGAACACGAAAAGGUGAAAAAGGAUUGACGGGACAAUACUUGGUCCGCUCAAAAGUAGACGAUAAUGAUUUUACAGAGAUACGCGUGGCUGUGGUUGGUAACGUAGAUGCUGGAAAGUCGACACUUCUUGGUGUUUUGACACACGGUGAAUUGGACAACGGACGAGGAUUUGCCAGACAACGGCUAUUUCGCCACAAACAUGAAAUUGAAAGCGGUCGAACUAGUUCCGUUGGUAACGACAUUCUCGGAUUCGAUAGUGUAGGCAAUGUGGUCAACAAACCUGACCACGGUACCUUAGAUUGGGUAAAAAUUUGUGAGAAGUCAGCGAAAGUGAUUACGUUCAUCGAUCUUGCUGGCCAUGAGCGUUACCUAAAGACGACAGUUUUCGGAAUGACUGGUCACGCUCCCGACUUUGGGAUGCUGAUGAUCGGUGCCAAUUCGGGUAUAGUUGGAAUGACAAAGGAACAUUUGGGGCUGGCAUUGGCUCUCUCAGUACCAGUAUUUGUAGUAGUAACCAAAAUUGACAUGUGUCCGCCAAAUGUUUUGCAAGAGAAUUUAAAGCUGCUAUACAAAAUUCUCAAAUCACAAGGCUGCCGAAAAGUACCAGUUAUGGUGAAAACUGCCGACGAUGUCGUUCUCAGCGCAACGAAUUUUGUCUCCGAACGAUUAUGUCCGAUUUUUCAAGUGUCAAAUGUGACAGGCGAAAAUUUGGAAUUGUUGAAAAUGUUUCUCAACCUUUUAACAGUCCGAACAACGGGAAACGAUAAUCUACCAACGGAAUUUCAAAUUGAUGAUACUUAUGCUGUGCCGGGAGUUGGAACGGUUGUCUCAGGAAUUACCCUUCAAGGCGUGGUACAUCUGAAUGAUGUUCUUCUAUUAGGACCAAAUCCGCUGGGAGAUUUCCAAUCAAUUACGAUAAAAAGCAUCCAUCGGAAGCGAAUGGUGGUUCGGGAAGUUCGAAGUGGUCAAACUGCCAGCUUUGCAUUGAAGAAAAUCAAACGUUCACAAAUCCGGAAAGGAAUGGUGCUGGUCAGUCCAGAUUUAAACCCACAGGCAUGUUGGGAGUUCGACUGUGAAAUAUUAGUUUUGCAUCACCCAACAACAAUAUCUAGCAAAUAUGGACGUUGGUCAGCUAUGGUACAUUGUGGCAGUAUCAGGCAAACAGCACAAAUCCUACAAAUGUCUAAAGAGUGUCUUCGAACAGGUGACAAAGCAGUUGUACGUUUUAGAUUCAUCAAAAAUCCCGAAUACAUGAAGCCUGGUCAACGGAUGGUUUUCCGAGAAGGGCGUACGAAAGCUGUAGGAAAUGUGAUAAGUCCCCUCUACACGCCAGGCUCUGUGCAACAACGCACAAAGCCGAAUAAAAUGCAAGGUCGGAAUGUAACAUCAGCUUCGCAAUCAAGUGCUCAGAAACCACUAUCGAAAAGCACAAGCGAAUCUGUUACGGCACAAACAAGCUUGGCUGGUAGCUCUGUUGUACUGGACAUUGGUACUGAUAAGAGAAAUAAUCGUCCAACUAAUACACAUAAAAAACAUCGAGGAGGACUUGCGGCCAACUUGGGCGCCGAUGUACAGGAAACAUCAACGUCGUCUCAGCAAAGCGGUGCUUUCAGCAACGAAACCAUUUUUGUUGCGUCUAAUUGAUUGAACAAGCUCUUAAGAAAUGAGCGAAGCCUGUUCUCAUGUUCUGAACGUUUAAUUUUUUUUUCAUUUCUUAGAACUCAAAACAUUCAAAAAUUCUUUUUCAAUGCCACAUCAGAUUUUUUUGAACUUUGAAAUCACUUAAAAUAUGUUUUAUUUGUUGAACUAAAGAGAAGUAAAUGGUUUGUCAA